ACCUCGACUGCAGUGGUUUGAUGACUGGCUGUUUUUCUUCCUAUAUACAGCGAUAGGCUUUCACUUCUCUUCUCUUCUGUCGUUUGCUGCACAGGUAAUGAUGUCAAGCCCUAUUAACAUUUCGUCGGAGGAGUUUUCGGUUCGGAAGGGGAAAGGGUAUGUUGAUGUCGCCACGUCGUCGUCCGUGUCCGCAACUUCCGUUCGCAGCGGCUCCACCACGGCCAGUGGAGGUGGAAAUAGGACCGGUGGCGGUUCAGUGUCGUCGAGUAGCCAUUUAGCUGACAGGAGUGUUCAGUCCAAGGGCAAUGUCGUUCCCAUAAAUGCUAUAGAAGAAGGUGCGGGGUUGAACUUGCCUGUUCGCCCAGGCUAUGAUUGGGUGGAUUUUCCUGUAAAACAAUAUUUCACUCAAUACCGUUCGGGGGAAACUGUUGGAUCUUUCGCCGAGAGUGUGAAUGUUCUCGAAGAGGACAUAGAAGACAACGUGAUUAGUUUUCGUGCUUGCAAAGAAAACGAAAAUGUCUGUCACGGACAAGAGGGUAUGAAGGAAGACUUCUUCUACGUCUACGCAUGUCUCUUCAAAGAUUUACACAUCCGACUUCCAUUUGAUGCCUUUAUCGCCGGUGUUCUAACCGAGUUAAACGUGGCACCGACGCAACUCCAUCCAAAUAGUUGGGCUGCGCUCCAAGCUUUCAGGAUUUUAUGUAAAGGUUUAGCCAUAACUCCCACUCCUGCACUUUUCUUGCAUCACUUCAGCACCCGUCCCACCAAGCGUGUCGGGUGGCUUUCUUUGAUAAGUAACUCUUGGAGUAGUCUCUUUGGUCUUUUUUCUUCGUCGUAUAAAAACUUCAAGGGCAAAUUUUUCAAAGUCAUGAUAAAAGAUGAGGGUCGAAAGUAUUUCUUCAACGGCGACAAGGCGAAGUUCCCCUUGUAUUGGACUUGCCGUCCUACCAAGUUUACUUCUUGGCCUCGUUCGGUGAUGUCUCCGGAAGAAGUCUCAGCUUUAAAUACACUUAAUCGGCUACCCCGAAAACUUCCAACUCGAAAACUCCUCAAGGCUUAUAAAUCUCCUCGUCUACGGGAGGAAUUGUAUGAUAUAAUGACGUCAAUGAACCCGAAUAGCAAGGCUUACUUCAAGCAAAUGUUUCAGAAGUUUGUGCCGCCUUCAGCUGAGAAAGCCGAGGAGAGCCCUGUUGUGGUGAUAACUGAGGCAAUCCCUAUCCAGCAAGUGCUCGCUGCAAGUUCAGGUCUUUCGCCUCGUGACGGCAAGAAACGAAAAGAGGACAAGUCCUCUCGUCGUCAUCAUGAGCAUGGUAAGAAGUUGUCUUCUCCUAAAAGGGUCAGUGGUGAAACUUCGGCCCCUCUUGGUGGUGGAAUCUUCGGGGUAGAGUUACGCCUGGGGAAUAAGUUAUCAUUUGACCUUAACGGUGCUGAGAAAGAAUUUUACAAGGGGCUAUCUUUUGGCGAGGCUGUUGAAGCCAUAAUGGAGUUAAACGCACGUGCUGCUCUGCUAUGCCGCACACUGUGCUUGGAUGGUGAGAAAGUGCAUUCUGAACUUGCGGAUUCUCGACAUGAGUUGGGGGAGGCUCUGAAGGCUAACUCCAUUCUGAAUGCACAAGUUAAGGAGGCUGUUUCUGCUCAUGCUGCUUGUGCUGAGACCAAAACUCUCCUUUCUUCUGAAAUCGAUUCACUGAAGGUUGAGGAGAAAAGGUUGAAAGACGAGGUACUCCGACUUCAGAGGAGUGUUGAUGAUCACACCCUCGGUCGCCAAAGGGACAAAGAGGAGAGGGAUGAGUUGGUGAAGGAGUUAGAGGACGCUCAGCGCUUUGUAUUCGAACAGCAUCAACUCGGGUUCCAGAAGGCCUUGAACCAAGCGAAAUUCUUCUAUGACAUACCCCUUAACGAGGGUAACUUUGACGUGGGGAAAGACUUUUACAAGGGAAAGCUAAUUCCCAUUGCAGAGAUUGUUGACGAUGACGCAACACAACUAGUUCAGCCCGUCAAGGUAGAAGGGGCUACUUACAAGUAAGAUUUUGCUGUAACUAUUUUUUUGUUGGGCCAUAUUUUGGGGAUGUUCCUGUACAGAAUGAAAUAUGCUCUUCUGAAGCUGAACUCAAUAGUUUAACUUGAGCUCAAAUGAGUUCAGUUCGAUCUUGUUAUGCCUUGCUCAGUUAAAAUACGAGGCUUAAGUAGCUUACUAAAUAUCUUUUCCAUUUAAUUUUCGUUCUGAAUCCAAUUUGUCUGUAAAAGUUCAGAGCACAACACUUACAAUCUAAGAC